AUGAACAGAGCCAUAGAAGCAGCCAACAAGAAUAUCAAGAGGAUAUUGAAGAAAAUGACAGACAAUUACAAAGGUUGGCACGAGCAAUUUCCUUAUGCUUUACUAGGAUACUGUACUACGGCCAAAACUUCAACAGGAGCAACUACAUACCUGCUGGUCUAUGGUACUGAAGCUGUUAUACUUGCUGAGGUUGAGAUACCUUCCUUAAGGAUCAUCCUAGAAGCAAAAUUGGACAAUGAUGAAUGGGUUCAAGCUCGAUUUGAGCAAUUGACUUUAAUUGACGAGAAAAGGAUGGUUGCCUAUGCCACGGUCAACUAUACCGACAAAGAAUGGCAAGAGCCUUCAACAAACGAGUUAGGACUUGAAUUUUCCAAAUUAGGCAGAUGGAUACGUAAGCACUCUUUGAGCUUAGUCGCACCAAAAGAAAAACUCAAGGAACCCCUAGAAAGCCUCAGAGAUAGGACUUCACGAAGGAUGCAAGGAUUGCCACAUGCCCAACAGGGGCAGAAUUUUUGA